AUGGCAGGUACCAUGGUGAACGACUCCCCCAACAGUAGCACUGGUUGCUUCGAUUCUGCUCGUAAUUAUCUGGACCGCUUUGAAUACAGGAUCGAUUAUGGCAGCUAUCAUAUCGCAGUGCUGAAGAUGGGGAUAAGUCUAUUGGAAACCUUUGAUCUGUAUAUCAGAAAGUGUAGGAGGAGGAGGAGGAGGAGGAGCAAACGGGGUACGUGUUUGGAAAAAGACGAGGACCAGGAUGAUGCUAAGUCUGACAGACUUAGUAGUAUUUCUUUCGGGAUUCAAGAUCUGGUUUGGGGGAUACGGCGCAGACUUGACUGUGGUGCGUCAGAUCAUAGAGGCAUCAAAUGUGAGCUCAACAAAAUCGGUGAAAAUAUCAACUUGUUUUUUGAAACAGAUAUCAAGGAAUUGGACAUCAUCAGUUUGUUGCUUUACUACUCACUGGAAGACUUGCAACUAGUUAUGGAUUUCACCGAUUCCAUAUCGGGUAAUCUAAAGCGUCUUUCCUCAUACUGCAAAUUUCAUGCACAUGAAGCUCUAAGGACUGUACUGGAAACCCUUCAAGAGAAGCUAAUGUUCUUGAAGAGUUUCGCUCGCUUUGCAACACUACAAGGUGUUGAGGGUCAGCCAUUGAUAUAUCUGUUGGGUCACGUUGAGGUUGUGGUGGUCAAUGCUGUUAGCUUGGCUUUUACAUUUUGGUUUCAAAGACGCAAUGAGAAAGUGCGCGAUGAAAUGCAAUUUGAAAUUUCUCAACUAAUACACAAGAUGAUUGAUCCCGUUGAUCCCCAAGUCCGAGAGAUUUAUACCCAUGUCCUGGAAGCUUCCAAGUUAUCAAAAUCAUCCUACACUUUAGCUGUGAAGGAGAAUAGGCAUCUAUUGGUUGAGUUUAUUGACUAUCUCCUGCAAAGUAUCAUGGGGAUCAUAUCAGAAUGUUAUACCAGUUUCCUGGAUGCGGUGAAGGAUCAAAUGCUAAAGCUCCUUGAGGGAGUAAGAUUCCUGAGUGUCCUUCUUAGCCUGGAGCAGGAGAAGUUCGAUGAGCUAAAUGAUGCAAUGAAUGAUCUUAUUGGAGUUGCAGUCUCUGAUGCAGGUAUUGUGACUUUCUCCCUUUCUACAAAUGAAAUGAAAGAAGGCUUGUGCAAGGACACAGAUCUGGCUCUUUCUAACUUGCUCCAAGAGCUUCAGUUCAUCAUUGCAGAAGCUGCACAUGUUUAUCCACUAACAUCAUCAUCAUCACUCAGUUUCCCAAGGACUAAAGAACUGGGUUCUCUUGAUUUUCUUCUAGUAACUCUCGAGGAACUAGUGAGUUCGACAGCUGAUUCAAUUGCUUUUCCAAACGAUCAAAUCCGCACAAUCCUAGAAGAUCUUGUAUUCUUAAGAUUUGUCCUAGGGAAUAUUGUGGAGCAAUGCAAUAGGGAUGAAAAACUCCAAGCUCUUUGGAGUCGUAUCAUGAAGGUUGCAUACAGUGCAGAAUUAAAAAUUGACUCUGCACUGCUUGGUGAUAAAUGUGAACCAUGUUUGGAUGCUGUUGCCAGAGAUAUACAUCUCAUGAAGAUUGAGGCUGAAGAGAUCUAUGGUAGCAUUAGAUAUGAUGGUGAAACUCAAAGAGUUACCAAGACGACUAUUAACAUGCCAUCACAAGUUACAGCUCCAAUAUCCACUGAAGCUCUGGUGGGUCUCAAUGAUGAGGUAGAAAGUAUAAUUGAUAGACUUGUGAGAGGAUCAAGGCAGCUAGAUAUCAUUGCCAUUGUGGGUAUGCCUGGACUUGGUAAGACAACAUUAGCCAAUACAAUUUAUAGUGAUCCUACAGUAGAGUGCCACUUCCACAUUCGUGCAUGGUGUUGCUUUUCUCAAGCGUAUACCAAGCAUAGUUUGUUAGUUCAGAUUUUGUGUAGUAUUGAUUGUGAGAGCCAUAUCCAGUAUCUUGACAAUAAUGAAGAUGAUAUGGCUGACAAGCUACGCAAAUUGUUGAAGAGAAAUAGGUAUCUCAUUGUUUUGGAUGAUGUUUGGGACAUUGUGGGGUGGGAUUCGUUGAAACACUCACUGCCAGAUGAUUGCAAUGGAAGUAGGAUUCUCUUAACCAGCAGAUUUCAAAAAUUGUCUUUGCUAAUUAAACCUGAUAGCGAGCCACACCAUCUUCGCCCACUUACAGAUAAUGAGAGUUGUGAAUUGCUGCAAAAAAAGUUAUCUGCCAAAAAAGAUUGUCCUCCAACAUUGAGUAAAGUUGUACUGAACAUAGCAAAAUACUGUAAGGGCCUACCUCUCGCAGUUGUCCUUGUUGCUGGAAUUCUUGCUAUUACUAAGCAAGAUUGCUGGGAAGAAGUUGUAAGACAUCUAACUUCCAGCAUUUAUGUUGACAAUGAACAUUGCAUGAAGACACUUGAGCAGAGUUACAAUUAUUUACCAGAUUAUCUAAAGCCAUGCCUUCUUUACUUUGGUGCAUUUCAAGAAGACCGAGACAUUCCUGUUCGCAAGUUGUUAUGUCUUUGGAUCUCUGAAGGAUUUGUCCAAAAGACUGAAGGAAAGAGCUUAGAGGAUGUGGCAGACGACUAUUUGAUGGAUCUAAUUGGGAGAAGUUUAGUUAUGGCUGCCCAACAAAGAUCUUUAGGUGGGAUCAAAACUUGCAGAAUUCAUGAUUUGGAAUGA